AUGAACAUAUGUGCAGAUUUAUUUGAUGAAUUUACUAAUUAUUCAUGUUUAAAUCUUAAAAUAUGUCCUGAGUUUGUUAUCAACAUCAAAGAGUGUAAAACUAAAUUUGAUGGAUAUUCAAAACAGUUUGAAGCUUUACAUAUUUCAUUAAGUAAUGGAGAUAAUAAAACUCAAUUCUUUCUUCAAAGAAUGAAAAUGUUAUUUCUUGAAGAAAUUCGUUCUUUCUCAGUACAAAUUAAUACAUUGAUGGAUCGUAUUCAUCCUUAUGAAGAUGAAGUCUGUGAAGAAUAUAAAUUUAAUGAAGUUAAAGAAGUCGAACUAGUGAAUAAAAGAAUUAAACAAAUUCCAAUAAUAACUGAUAGUGGAUAUAAAUUUAAUUGUGAUGGAUUAAUUGAUUUUACAGUAGAAGGUAGUAGUUCUUCAGAUAGUAUAAUUUCAGAAGAAGAGGAGGAAGAUGAUGAAAGAGAAAAAAAUAGAAAUGAAUAUAAUUUUUAUCCACAAUUUUGUUGUGUUAAUAACCAAGUCAUAGUUCAAGGAGAAAACCUUGGGGCAACAACACAAAUAAAAAUUUCUUCUAUUAUCUGUCAAAUAGAAGGAAAUAAAAAAAGGGGUCAACUCACAUUUACUGUACCAAAGGUUUAUGGAUGGGUUGAUGUUGAAUUAAUUCAUAAGAAAACUGUUGUUAAAAUACCACAAGCCAUUUUCGUUUCAAUUCAAGAAAUACACUAA